GCCCGGCCCAGUGCAGUGGCAUCUGCCAAUAUCGGGUUCAAAGAGGUCAAGAGCAAUAUCCGGUGGCAAGGGAAACGCCGAUCUACGGACUUGACCACAAUUAGCCUUUGUCUGUAGGCGCCUGGGAAGAGAGAAGAGUGGGAGGCAGAAGAGCGAAGAAAUUUAUCAUUUUGGUCAUCGAUUCGCAGCACUCGUGAAGCGAUUUGCGGAGCUAGAUCGAUCCGUCGAAGCGUGUUGGCGAGAGGAAGAGUUUGAGUCGAGGACGAUCGGCUUGCGACGAGCAGUCACGAGGCUUCCACUCAAGGUUCCGAUGGCGUUCCGAUCCUUGGCGAGCAUGAAGCUCAAGGAUGUCCCCACAUUCGUGAAGACUGUGGUGACCAAGGACAAUGUGUCGAAGAACACAUGGAGUUUUCUGUACAAUUACAACCAAAAGUACAUUCAGACCGGCUCCAUCAAGCCUGUGAAUGAUGUCAUGAUGACCGUCGGACUUUUGGGUUACGCUGUUGGAUGGCCUACUGAGAUUCGGCAUCUGAAGCAUGCAGAGGAGGCUGCAAAGCACAAGGGAGAGAAGGGAGACCAUCAUUGAUUUGUAGACGCGUGUAUUUUGAGAAUCACUAUCGUGUUGUUCCAGAUGCUCCUGGAUCUUGUUGGAAGAAGGCUCCGCCAAGACGUCUCGGUUCAGGGUACUGAAGGCGAGAAAAUCUAUCCACCUUCGUGUUACUAUCAAGGACUCUGACUCAUCAACUUUCCAGCCGAUUUGUAAUAAGAGUGUUGAGAAAUAUAUCGGGACCCAUUACACCAUUUGAUUUGGGUUCGCACUAAACAAGACUAGAGAUGCUGUGAUUGAUUAUUAAUGUAUGUCUAAUGUUUAGAGUGUCUUGAUUCCAUGUUACAGUCCUCAGCAUUCACUUGUGGUCCGGACCUUGCGCUCCAAAUGGUUUUCAGCUUCGUGGAUGUGAAGUGGUAUUCUCUUUUCUUGUAUUUGCGUGGAUUUUCGCAAUUAUAGUGUACAGAUAUCAGAAGAGAACACAACAUUGUGUAGUACCGGAGUGAGCUUUUCUCCGAGCUCACUUUUCUCUGUAAACCUGACUUGAUUCGUCAUGGAGCGUUGUUUCAUGAGUUGAUUAUGUGAUAGUACAUUGAGGAGUGUUUGUGAACUUUCAGUAUUAAGUGGCG